UCUCUUGCAGAGCAGAAGUGAAUUUGAAUUUAGCGCAACUAAGUGAAUUAUUUUGCGAAAAUUUACGAGAAAUAAGCAGAAUUGUUGAAAUAUUUUUUCUGAAAUAAAUUUGAGAUUUAUCAAAGAAAAUAUAAAAUAAUAUUUUGAAACAAAUUUUUUGAGGUUAAACAGAGAAUUUGUAACAAAUUUAAACUAACCCACUGCAAAACAAAAACAACCAAAGUGCAUUUUAGUGUGUCUAGCGUUUUUUGUCAUACAAAAACAAAAAUAAAUACUAGCGUAUUAGAAAUCCAACUUUGGCUAAUAGUUAGCUACAACAAAUAGACUAAAGAAAAAGUGCGUGAGACACGCAACGAACUGCAAUUUGUAAAAAAACAAAAAAUACAAAAACAACACAAAAUUCAGUGAAAAUUUUGUAGAAAAACUUUUAAUUGCAAAGCAUAAGAAAAACAAGUAGUGAAAGUCACAAAAAGCUUUUUGCUUUGAAAACACACAACAAAGCAAAUUAGCGAGCAUUUGAAAAACAACAAAAACAAAUUGUUUUUGUGUACAAUUUGCAUUUUACGCGCAUUUCACGAGCUAAAUCGCUACAUUGGGUGCAGCAAAUUGUUGUUUACGCUUAGCCAACCACACGGCAGUCAGCACUGACCACAGAAUCGGCUCCAUAUUCGCCACCAAGCAAACGCAUCAAGGUGCCCGGGACGGUGACAGCGACAGCAGCAGCAGCCGAGCAGCGGACGACAGUAAAAGCCUUAAAAUGACAAGUGCAACAGCCACAAACAUAAAUCGCUCGAACAGCUUUGUGAACGCGCUCAAGUGGUGGCCACUGCAGGGUCACAACCAUCAGUCCAAUCAUGCAGCGCAUGGUGGUGGUGGAGGUACGGGUGGCGGUGGUGGUGGCGGCUGUGUCAGCGCUGGUCCCAGCACCGCCAGUGGCUUGAGUCUGCUGGGACAUCUACACAGCAAGACGUCGACUUUCGGCAGCUCAGUGGCAGUGCAAAAGCUGCGCGAAUCCAAAUGGUUCAAACGUGAUGAGCAGCGCAUUUUCUGCGCCGUCGUCGAGUGCGGCUUCAUUGUGGAGGUGCGCAGCAAUACGAAACCCACCACCAGCCAUAAUAAGCGUACGCUGCGUAGCAAUAGCAGCGGCAGCGGUGGCAGCGGCGUCGAUGAGUACGAUCUGGAUGUCAAUAAUGACGAAGAGGAUGAGGAGGAGGAGACGCUGCAGCUGGCAAUGCGAGCGCAGGAUGAAAACGAAACACCGAUGACGUCAUGGUUCGGCAUUGUCCUGUGCAAAACGGCUAAAGACAAUAAACCCAAACCUGAGACCAUUGAAAUCUACACUGUGAAAAUACGUGAAAACGGUACAUUCAAAAUGCUCAAACUCACGCUGGAGGAUAUCUGGAAUCAAGGCUGGGAGCUGCGCAUCAAUAAUUUCGCCGACAAGGAGAAAUCAGCACACAAUGAAAAGGACAUACGCAAUCAGGUGUCCUUUGCCCGCAAGGCCAAACACAGUCUCUGGAAUAAUAAUAAGCAUUUUGUGUACUGGUGCCGGUAUGGCAGCCGCCAGCAGGACGUGCGGAAGCGACAGAUGUCCGAGUGCGUGAAGUGGGGCAGCGUUGGCAUGAACGCCGGCAUGAUACUGCUCAUGAACAAACAGAAAUCCUACUCCACCUCCAAGUGAACACACACACCCACAUAUAUAUACAUGUAGACAACAUUUAGCGGCGUAGAAGAUUUCAGCAAAUCCAGUGAGGAUUCACGAUCAAUCGAUCAAUCAAAGGAGAGAGAUAAAGAACGAAAUACUGUACUGAAGUUAAGCAAAAAACCCC